GAUCUAAUGACUGCCUCACGCAGGGGACAGCGAGCGAGCCUCCUCCCAAACAAAGAGUGAAAUUCAAGUGCUUCCGGUGCUGCCAGCUGCCGCCCUGUCCACCGUGAGCCCUCACUCCUCCUGAGUGACGGAGGCGGAGGCUUUAAUGGGGCCGACCCUGUGUGGGAGAGACCACGCUUCUCAUCGAGAACAGCAGCAGCAGGCCUGGCUCCAAAGCAUCGAAGACCAAGACAGCAACCCGGUACCUACUGUCAGGCCAGCCUCAGAGCACCACGAUGCUGAGGAAGAGGAGGAUGAGGACAGUGAAGAGGACUCGGAGGAUGAUGAACAAGAUGAAGAGGACAUGCAGGACAUGGACAAGAUGAACUACAAUGAGUCGCCUGAUGAUGGAAAAGUCGAUGAGGUGGACAUGGAAGGCAACGAAAAGGAUCAGGGCCGGUGGAUGAGCUAGGCAGACAAGGCAGGGUGGCCUCAGGGAGAUUCCAGGCUGACCCAAGUACCAUGCAACCC